AUGGAGGAUUUUUAUCUUGAAAGUUUUGGUCAUGGAAAUUACGAAUCAGAGGUCCCAGGACAACAAUCUCCAACACCGUUCGGUAAUGACCCAAAUUUUUCAUUAAAAAGACAAAAGCCUGUCUUUUCAGUUACCCAAGAUGAAUUCCCAAGUAUGAGAGAAAUGAGUUCUGAAUUCGUAAAUGCGGAAGACCUCAUGAAUGGUGGGUGGGAUGUUGAAGCAAAUGAAACCUCAUUAGACAUGAACCAAAAUGAUAUGAUGAUGGUCAACCUCGAAACUCUAGAGAACUCAUUUCCUCUCCCUAUUACUCUGCCUUCCCAAACGUCUAUGAAUGAGGUUUGGGUAGAUAUCCAGAGGAAUCAAUAUUCAGCAAACAACGCCAACAUCAAUAACAUUACCUAUUCCUCUCAAGGAGUUAAUGUACUUGGGCAAGUGAAGUUUGAAGAUUACCUAGUAAAAGAAGGUAUAAUUCAAGCUGAAGAUUUGGAUGCUCUAGGAAAGGAAGAAAAACAUUGCCUAAAUGGCUGUAAGAAUUGUCCUCGCAUUGAAACAAGUUUCGAUCUAGCUACUAUUCGAGGAGACCUGAUGUUGGGUGUUAAAUUUCCGCAUCCAAAUAGUGUAAUUAGUAUCCCUUUUUAUUAUCUGCUCCCUCCAAGAAGUGAAAUUUACAUUCCAACCAGAGCUCCUAUGUUCCAAGCAACUCCACCUAGAGGCAGCUUCCUGGGAAAUUUCUCUAACAUUAUUGGAAGAGGAAACCAAAUUCAUCUUAAUGGGCUGGGGCAGUCUCUUAAAACGAGCGCAGUGAAUGGUGUUUUGGCACAUGCAGCAGAGCGAAGAAAACACAGGAUGAUUAAAAUUAGACAGUCUGCAGCAAGAUCUCGAGCAAGGAAACAGGUUCCUUUCUUCUCCAUAGUUAUCAUUCUUAUUUGCAUUGUUAUUUGA